AUGAAGAAGAAGAAGAGGAAGAAGAAGAGGAAGAAGAGGAGGAAGAAGAAGAGGAAGAAGAGGAGGAAGAGGAAGAGGAAGAAGAAGAAUUACCUGAAAGACAAAGCACGGAAUAUCACCAUCCCAGAAGAAUUAUUUAAUACUGAAAUACCCAAGCUAGUAAAAAAUUUCAGAUUGAUAGUUAAUGAGACGAGAUUGAAUAAAACAUUCAACCGUUAUUGUAACUACCUAAAUGUGCAAUAUGCACAGAUGAUAGAUAAAUUAAAAACGGACUUUUUUGCAGCUGCUGCAGAAUGUGGUAUGAAAGAUCGAGAUAAAGAAAAAUACUGGAAGGAAUGUGAAAAUUCCCUGAUCAGUGAUUUUAAAACUAUUAAUGAAAUUCACACAAAACACACAGAUACUUAUGUCGAAAAGGUAGAAGACCCUAAAAAGAUCAACCAUGCUGUCAUCUCUCAUUAUGGUAGCUGGUUGUGGAAUAAGAAAUUGAAAGAGGAGGAAAAAAAUGGGGCUAAGUUCUUUGAGGAUAAAAUCAAAAAGCAUAGGCGAGGUUGA